AUGGCUACGCUAAACGAGCAACUUGCGACAUUGACUGAGAACUACUCGCCCUGCGAUGUAUCAGACGCCCUCAUCAAGCUGCAAAAGACACCCGAGGGCAGCACAGCACGAGCAGGCUACCUCGCAGAUCUAGUGCCAUUCUCGCCCACGACAGGGCGGAAUGAAACAAUGCCCAAGAUUGCGGCUCCGGCCACAACAUUCAAAUUUCUGGCCAAAGACGCCAGCCCGCCAGCAAUCGCAACUGAAAAUCCCCAGAAGCACGGCUUCCCGCCGGGUAAGCACUGGGUAGAUCACGUCGGCGCAUUUCAAGAUUCGGAUCCCUCCGGUGCCGGAUCUAUCGUUGUCAUCGAGCAGCCUGAGGGCCAGUACUGCGCUGUGACGGGCGGGAUCAUGGCGACCCGGAUGAAAGCCCUCGGGAUCAAAGCCACGGUUGUGGGUGGCCGUAUCAGAGAUUUGAGGGAAUUGAAAGCCACUGGACUUCCGAUCUGGGCUCAUGCUACUUCUACUGUUGGCACCAAUGCCGAGGCCAAGGCUGGUGCUCGUGAUGUGCCCAUCUCAAUUGGGGGUGUUACUGUUUCUCCUGGAGAUAUCAUCUUCUGUGACCCCUUGGAAGGAGUUGUGGCUAUUCCUCGCGAGCUGCUCGGGCAUGUGCUCGAGCUCAUGCCUAAACUCACUACCAUGGAUGAGAAGGCCAUUGAGGCCGUUGCGCAGGGAAUGAGCGUCACUGAUGCUUUUAAGCAAUUCCGCUGA